AGCUGGGACGUAUCGCUUACGCGUCUACUCUUUGGAAAUUGUUACGCGGCCCGAACAUAAACUGAUGUUAGCGGCCAAGAGUACUGAGUGGUGACAAAAAUGUCUUAAUUGCAGUGUUUGGUUUUGUGAUGGAUGGUUUGUUCGUCUAGUUUUAUACUGUGGAACAAAGUGCUGGAGUGUCUUACUUAAAGCAGUGACUAUAAAACAACAAAGAAAUAAAACGGGAGGCAGUGUCAAUGCAUCGUAUACUACACAAAUUACUUUUGUCGCCCGGUAUAAAUUCGCUGCAGUAAAAGUGUCGCUCGUAACAGUCGCAUAACGUUCAGUGUCCCUACGACUUUUGUUUCGUGCUACAAAAGUGGUGUUGUGAUGUUUCGACUUUCGCCUAUAAAAGGCGGCAUUGCCGAAAAUUUGGAUGUGUAUGAAGAUGGGCCAUAAAAGUGAAUUAUUUUGCUCCCGCGGUGGCAAGAUGCUACUUACGGUGUACGCGGCCCUGCUUCUCUGGAGGAUAGACUGCGUCGUCGAGAGCACCAAAGUUAUAAAGAGCAAUAUGCGGCAUCAGACAACACUGCCGAUCACCAAAGUGGGUCCCACCGCGUCCCUGAGGGAUGCUGAGCCAGACUUCAUUGGACCUAUAGAGAACGUCACCGUUGCUCUUGGGAGAGAAGCUGUGCUUACUUGUUCUGUGUCAGACCUUGGAGAUUAUAAGGUGGCGUGGAUCCGAGCUGAUGAUCAGACAAUAUUAACACUGCAUACAAGACUGGUAACUCACAGUUCCCGGUAUGCAGUCACCAAUGACUCCCCAAGGUCAUGGCAACUUCACAUCAGGCCUCUGAAGGUAGAGGAUCGAGGGUGUUAUAUGUGCCAAAUUAACACCAGCACAAUGAAGAAACAGAUUGGAUGCGUCGAUGUUUUAGUGCCUCCAAACAUAGUGGACGAAGGUACGAGUGGAGACCUCGUCUCUAGAGAAGGUCAAGACGUAAGUCUCUCCUGCAGAGCUGAAGGUCGACCUUUGCCAAGAAUUCUUUGGCGAAGGGAAGAUGGAGCCAAUAUUCAGCUGAGAAACGAAGCUGGUGAGCUUCGAAAAGUGGAUAUGUUCAUGGGUCCAAGCCUGAACUUGUCGAAGGUGGAGCGACGGCAGAUGGGCGCAUACCUCUGCAUUGCGUCCAAUGACGUACCGCCUUCUGUAAGCAAGAGGAUAAUGCUUAGUGUUACUUUUCCACCAUCAACCUUAGUGGCGACCAAGGUGAUUGGUGUGCCAACGGGGUCUCAAGCCAGACUGGAAUGCUUCGUGGAAGCGUUCCCUCAAGCCAUACAUUACUGGCUCAAAAGUGGGGAAGAAAUGAUAUUAUCAGGUGGCAAACAUGAAAUAUCUGAAGAACGUAUAUCAUCAUAUCAGCUGCGAACGAUACUCGUAAUAUCGCAGUUUGAUCCAGAGGAUGUUGGUACUUACACCUGUGUAGCUACCAACACCAUGGGCAAGGCAGAAGGAACUCUACGGUUAUAUGAAAUCAAAAUUACAACAACAACAACUACAACGACAACUACAACAACGACGACCACGACGACUACAACAACUCCGGCGCCGACAACAACGGAGCCCCCGCCACGUUUCGUGGUACCUCUCCAACCAGCAGAACAAAAGUUCUACACGCCAGAUGUCACAACGUAUGACACAAUGCAGAACGUGAUUGAGCAGUCCGUUCUGGACAACAACUGGUUGCCGACUGCAGAUUCUGCGGCCACAAGUCACCAUCAAGCCUUUACACUCCCCACUCUAGCGCUGUGCUCAGUGCUGCCAUAUCUAAAAUAUAUUAUUAGUAGUAGUUUUUAUGCGUUUGUUGUAAUUAGCAGGAAUUUUCAAUUUGUAACACAGAGUGCAAGAUGAUAAGUUGUCUUGUUUAAACGGAAAAUCAGUGUCAAUUUAGUAUGUUUGAGUUUGCUUUGAUAUUUUAUGUGGAUUCCGUGUUCAAACAAUUUUAAAGCUAAUAUUUACGUUUUAGCGUGCAAUAUCGUUUUAGCGUUAUUAAAAGCAGUGAAGCAUUUUUUUUAAAAUAUCAUAAUUUAUUCAGUAGUGUGUAAAUCAAUUCAACAAGGCUAAAAGAUUUUUGAGAGAAAUUUCCGAAUAAAUUGGACAUGUAUUUGUCGGUAAUAAUGACUAAUGACUAUGUAAUAUGAAAUUAAAAUAAUAAAAAACUAAAUAUGUAUUCCAAAGUUAAUUUCAUUAAGUUAUUUGUAAGAGUAUGUAAAAACGUUAAAUCUGUAAAUAGUUACCAAGAUGUUGGUGUUUCGAGAUAAUUGUGAUGGCAUUAUAAAUAAGUAAGUUAAAAUAGUGAUUAUAUAAGAAAAGCCUACUCAGAAAUAUACGAAAUUAUCAAUCUCUCUUAUUUUCGUUAUUCAUUCAGACCUAUGAUAAAAUAAUUAAACUAAUCACCACAAUUAAAUUUAUAUGUCGUAGGAGGUCGAUGGUAGUGCUACUUAAAAUGGUGACGUCAUUAAUGUAGACGCCCCAUUCUACCUCUAUAUGGAACUGGUCAUCCACUAAGGCUUUUUAUCCAGAAUAACAGUUAGCCUCAAAAUAGGUUAUAGUUGGUCUUUUUACAAAGUUACAAUAAUCAGAGCUCUGAAUAGUAUGACGAUUAAAUUGACAAAAAGAUGACAACAAAGCAUGAAUGAUUUAUUAUAUAUAAAAGAAUAUGAUUUAUUUGUUAUCAAAUUAUAUGUCCAAACAGAGCUAUUCUUACCUUAGUGGCUCUGACUUAGUACUGACCUUGAACUAUAUUUUUUACAUAGAACCUGUAUUCGGCGACCUCAAAACUUUUAUUGUUUUUUUUUUCAUUUAAUUGUAACUCAGUUAUAUUCUACAGCGGGAUGGAUUACUACUGUUUUCAUACGUAUAUUUUUCGGGUACGCUUUGUGAUUAAAUAUAAUGUACAAAUACAAUAAAUUAGUAAGAAAAUAAUUGUGUUCUGAACACAAGAACUGAUGGGGAAUGGAGUUUUUGUAAGUAUUUUUUAGUUUAAAUUAUAUUUACGUACUGUUUUUCUGUUUUUCAUUACGUAAUUUAACUGAAUUUUUAACCUGACACGUCAGCUCUAUUUUAAUUUAAAAUGCUUGUAAAAUAAUUCUUUUUACUACAAAAAAAUAUAGACGACAACAUAAAAUCUGAGCGCUUGCAAAUUAAAUUUUCAUUUUAAUGACAUAGAGAUAACUUUAAAAUGGUUAUAACAUUAAUACAUUUUUUAAAACUGUAAUGCAAAUUAUACCUUAGGAAGUAUGUAAUAAAGUUGUUUUCUUUAUUUAAAGGUGGCAGACUGAUAAAUUUCGUAUGUGUAUUUUAUUAUUAGAAUGGAAAGCGUGUAUUUAACCAGUGGGCCUAAACGAAUCGUAAUGUUUUACAAACAUCUUCCACGUACUAAUGAAAUAUAAUCAUUAUAAAGCAUAUCAAGUAAUUGUAUAAAAAUUGUAAAUACUUGUAGUUUUAGACUAAGAAAAUGAAGGAAGUUUAGAGAAGGUUAUCGGAGGACGAGUAGAACAGUUGUAUCUUACUUUAUUUGGGGCUGAUUUUUCAAUCAACAGAUAAUUCUUAGCUGUGGAAUAAAAUUGGCGAUUAACACUUUUUAGUACGGAAUGAAGAAAAUUAUUCUUCCUACAAACAUUUAUCUGGUGUUUGAAAAAUUGGCGAUUAGUGUGAAAUCUUAAUUUUCUCAUAAUGAAAUCAUCUAAGCUGUAGUCGGAGAGUAAACGUAAGACACAAUAUAUUUUUGGGUCUCACACGAAGCAAACAAACUGUGUAUAUUUCAAUUAUUACUCAAUAUAAUUUUAAAACUGAAACCUUAUUAGUCUUGAAAAUAU